GCUCGGAUCCGCUCGGACCAUGUCGCCAUGUCGGAAGUGAGGAAGUUCACCAAGCGGCUCAGCAAGCCGGGCACGGCCGCCGAGCUGCGGCAGAGCGUUUCGGAGGCGGUGCGAAGCUCUUUCGUGUUGGAAAAAACCAAAGUGGUUGAACCCUUGGACUAUGAGAACGUGAUCCUCCAACGCAAAGUUCAGAUCUACAGCGAUCCCCUCCGGGACCUGCUGAUAUUUCCGAUUGAAGAUGUGUCUCUCUCAGUCAUCAGUCGGCAGAGAAGAACUGUCCAGUCUACAGUGCCAGAAGAUGCUCUCAAGAAAGCUCAGAGCCUCUUUGUCAAAGAGUGCAUUAAAACCUACAGCUCUGACUGGCACGUGGUGAACUACAAAUAUGAAGAAUACUCAGGAGACUUUCGGAUGUUGCCAUGCAAAUCCUUCAGGCCAGACAAGAUUCCAAGCCACGUGUUUGAAAUCGAUGAAGACUUUGAAAAAGAUGAGGAUUCCUCAUCUCUGUGCUCCCAGAAGGGCGGUGUGAUAAAGCAAGGCUGGUUGCACAAAGCAAAUGUCAACAGCACAAUCACUGUUACUAUGAGGGUAUUCAAGAGGAGAUAUUUUUACCUGUCACAACUCACGGAUGGCUCCUACAUUCUAAAUUCCUACAAAGAUGAGAAAAUUUCAAAAGAAUCCAAAGGCUGUAUUUUCCUGGAUGCUUGUAAUGAUGUGGUCCAGUGUCCCAAGAUGCGCCGCUAUGCAUUUGAACUCAAGACGAUAGAUAAGUACAGCCACUACCUUGCAGCUGAAACAGAGCAGGAGAUGGAAGAGUGGCUGGUGACUCUGAGAAAGAUCAUUCAGAGCAAUAGUGAGAGUUCGGUGCAAGAGAAGAAAGAUACUGUGGAAGCUGCACAAGAUGAUGAAUCAAGCACGCAGGGAAAAUCAGAAAACAUCCUGGAAAGCCUGGAGAGAAGCAUGCAUCCAGAGCUGAUGAAGUAUGGAAGAGAAACAGAUCAGCUGAACAAACUGAGCAGAAAUGAUGGAAGACAAAACCUCUUUUCUUUUGACCCAGAAGUCCAGAGGCUCGACUUCUCGGGGAUGGAGCCGGACGUGAAGCCAUUCGAGGAGAAGAGCAGCAGGCGCUUUGUGGUCUGCUGCCAAGAUUUGUCCCUCAACCUCCUCGCUCAGCUCAGCGACCAGUCAGAGGGAGGACCCACCAACGUUGAGCCCUUUUUCCUCAGCUUGGCAUUGUUUGACCUGAAAAAUAACUGCAAGAUUUCUGCAGACUUCCACGUGGACCUGAACCCUCCGUCUGUCCGUGACAUGCUGCUGGAUACAUCGGCUUCCAAGGUGGAGGAUGUGAAGGGGCGUUCGCCAGGCGAGAGCCUCGUGCAUGGGAUCCCUGAGUCCUGCCUGCGCUACAUAAAACGGGGUGUUUUCUCUGUGACCGACCCGCAUGCGGAGAUCUUCCUGGUGGCCCGUGUGGAAAAGGUGCUGCAGGGCAGCAUUACACACUGUGCAGAACCAUACAUGAAAAACUCAGACCCGGGGAAGACAGCCCAGAAGGUCCACAAGGUGGCGAAGCAGGUGUGCAGCCGUCUGGGGCAGUACCGGAUGCCCUUUGGCUGGGCUGCCAGACCGGUGUUCAAAGACUCCCAGGGCACUCUUGAUGCUGAAGGAAAAUUCUCGCCCUUGUACAAGCAAGACAGUGGCAAACUCUCAAACGAAGACAUGUUGAAGCUAUUAGCAGAGUAUAAGAAACCAGAGAAGACAAAGCUGCAGAUCAUUCCAGCCCAGUUAAAUAUUGUCAUCAAGGACAUCCCACUGGACUUCACAAAUUGUGUGACAGCUUCUUAUAUUCCUAUAAAGCCUUUUGAGAAGAGCUGUGAGAACAUUGCAGUUGAAGUGGAGGAGCUUGUCCCAGAAGUUGCAAAAUACUGUUAUCCCUUCACUGUCUACAAAAACCACCUGUAUGUGUAUCCCUUGCAUCUGAAGUAUGAGAACCAGAAGGUGUUUGCAAAGGCGAGGAACAUUGCUGUCUGCAUUGAGUUCAGGGAUUCAGAUGAAGCUGAUGCCAGGCCAUUAAAGUGUAUCUAUGGCAAACCUGGAGGCCAGCUCCUGACAUCCAACGCGUAUGCAGCUGUGCUGCAUCACAACCAGAGCCCAGAGUUCUAUGAUGAGAUUAAAAUUGAGCUUCCAAUUCACCUCCAUCAAAAGCAUCAUUUGCUUUUCACCUUCUAUCAUGUCAGCUGUGAAAUUAAUACAAAGGCAACAUCGAAAAAACAGGACACCAUUGAAACUCAAGUGGGAUACGCUUGGGUCCCGUUGCUGAAGGAUGGACGGAUUGUCACCCUGGAACGGCAUUUGCCUGUUUCAUCCAACCUUCCACCUGGCUACCUGGGUCUUGGGGACACAGAGUCACGAAGGUCUGAAGCCAAGCGCAUGAAUGUUGUCUGUUCACAGCAGUCCAGCGUGGAUGCAAAGUGGGUGGAUGGAGCAAAGCCACUCUUUAAAGUCAGAAUCCACUUGGACUCAACCAUUUACACCCAGGACAUGCACUUGCACAAAUUCUUCCAGUACUGCCAGCUGGUUCAGGCAGGUGUGAAGGAAGUCCCUGGAGAGCUUGUUAAAUACCUGAAGUGUUUGCACGCCAUGGAGAUCCAAGUAAUGAUUCAGUUUCUACCUGUAAUUCUUAUGCAACUAUUUAGAGUCCUUACAAAUGUGACCCAGGAAGAUGAAGUAGCUGUCAACUGCACCAUGGUCCUUCUGCACAUCGUGUCCAAGUGCCACGAGGAAGGCUUAGACCACUACUUGCGCUCCUUCAUAAAGUACGUCUUCCGAGCUGAGAAACCCAGUGUGACACAGGCAAAGAUGACCCAUGAAAUCCUGGUCCUUUCCAUGGCCACCAUCUUGAAGCAAUCAGCAGAUUUUCUCGCCAUCAAUAAACUGCUCAAGUACUCGUGGUUUUUCUUUGAAGCACUGGCGAAGUCCAUGGCAAUAUACUUACUGGAGGAAAACAAAAUCAAGCUGCCCAGGGCCCAGCGGUUCCCAGCCUCCUACCAGCACGCCCUUCACUCACUGUUGCUUGCCAUCAUCCCUCAUGUGACCAUACGCUACAAUGAAAUCCCUGAAGAAUCCCGAAAUGCCAAUUUUAGCUUGGCCAACUUCCUGAAGCGCUGUUUGACCUUUAUGGACAGAGGGUUUAUUUUUAACCUGAUCAAUGAUUACAUUUCUGGAUUCAGCCCUAAAGACCCUAAGCUGCUGGUUGAAUACAAGUUUGAAUUUCUUCAAACCAUUUGCAAUCAUGAGCACUACAUUCCUUUGAACUUACCGAUGACCUUUUCCAAACCCAAGCUGCAGAGAGCUCAAGAUGUAAAUCUUGAAUACAGUUUAACUGAUGAGUAUUGCAGGCAUCAUUUCCUGGUGGGGAUGCUUCUCAGAGAAACCUCUGUUGCCUUGCAGGACAACUAUGAUAUCAGAUAUACGGCCAUCACAGUCUUAAAAAAUCUCUUGAUAAAGCAUGCCUUCGACAACAGAUACCAGCACAAGAACCAGCAGGCCAAAAUCGUCCAGCUCUACCUGCCGCUGCUGGGGCUGCUGCUGGAAAACAUCCAGCGCGUGGCCGGCCGUGACGUGCUCAUCUCCUGCACGGCUGCCUCCAGCCCUGCAUCCAGGGAUGAAUUCAUCUGCAAUUUUGCAUCCCCCUCAAAUAGAUCCAGCCUGAUUGUGGACAAGGAUUCAGCAGCACUUCCAAAUGGCCAUGGGAUGAAGCGAGAGGACUCAAAAGGAUCCCUGAACUCAGAAGGGGCAACUGGUUCCCCGGAUCAGAGUGAAAAUAUCCGCAGGAGCUCCACGAGGAGCAGCGUGUCUCACUGCAGCCGCCUGGACCAGUUUGAGAUCCGCACGCUCCUGAUGUGCUACCUCUACAUUGUGAAGAUGAUCUCUGAAGAUACACUUUUAGCCUACUGGAACAAAUUCUCACCUCAAGAGCUGAUCAACGUCCUUGUGCUUCUGGAAGUGUGUUUAUUUCACUUCAGAUACGUGGGGAAGAGAAAUAUCGCCAGGGUGCACGAUGUCUGGGUGUCCAAGCAUGUGGCAGCCGAUAGGAAAUCGCAGACAAUGCCAGCACUUCGCAGCAGAGCUGGAGGGAUGCAGGCACGGCUCCAACACCUGGGCAGCUUGGACACAUCUUUCACGCUCAACCACAAUGCAGGCACCACAGAAGCAGAUAUUGUGCACCAGGCAUUGCUGGAGGGCAACAUAGCAACUGAAGUGUGCCUGACGGUCCUGGACACCAUCUCUUUUUUCACUCAGAGUUUCAAGACCCAGCUCUUAAGCAACGAUGGCCACAAUCCCCUCAUGAAGAAGGUUUUUGAUAUUCAUCUUGCUUUUCUGAAAAAUGGGCAGUCAGAAGCAGCUCUUAAGCAUGUGUUUGCCUCCCUGAGAGCUUUCAUCAGCAAGUUUCCCUCAGCCUUUUUCAAGGGAAGGGUGAACAUGUGUGCUGCCCUCUGCUACGAGAUCCUCAAGUGCUGCACUUCGAAGGUGACCUCCACAAGGAACGAAGCCUCUGCUCUGCUGUAUCUGCUGAUGAGAAACAACUUUGAGUUCACCAAAAGGAGGACAUUUCUGAGAACACACCUUCAGAUAAUAAUUGCAGUGAGCCAGUUAAUAGCAGAUGUGGCGCUCAGCGGUGGGACGAGGUUUCAGGACUCCUUGCUCAUCAUUAACAACUUUGCAAACAGUGACAGGCCUAUGAAGGCAACUGCUUUUCCUUCGGAAGUCAAAGAUUUGACGAAGAGGAUCCGUACGGUGCUUAUGGCCACUGCCCAAAUGAAAGAACAUGAAAAGGAUCCAGAAAUGCUGAUAGAUCUACAGUACAGCUUAGCUAAAUCUUACGCAAGCACCCCAGAGCUGCGGAAAACAUGGCUGGACAGUAUGGCAAAAAUACAUGUGAAAAAUGGAGAUUUCUCAGAGGCAGCCAUGUGUUACGUUCACGUAGCAGCCCUCGUUGCAGAGUUUCUGCACAGGAAAAAACUCUUCCCCAGUGGAUGCACUGCCUUCAGGAAAAUCACUCCCAACAUUGACGAAGAAGGUGCAAUGAAAGAAGAUGGCGGGAUGAUGGACGUACAUUACAGUGAGGAAGUCCUGGUGGAGUUGCUGGAGCAAUGUGUGGAUGGUCUCUGGAAAGCAGAGCGUUACGAAACCAUUUCUGAAGUUUCCAAACUGAUCAUUCCUAUCUAUGAAAAGCGGCGUGAAUUUGAAAAACUUACUCAGCUAUACAGAACGCUUCAUGGGGCAUACGCUAAGAUACUGGAGGUGAUGCACACAAGGAAGAGGCUUCUUGGAACCUUUUUCAGAGUGGCAUUUUAUGGACAAACAUUCUUUGAAGAAGAAGAUGGGAAGGAAUAUAUCUACAAAGAGCCGAAGCUGACGGGCCUUUCCGAGAUCUCUUUCAGACUUCUUAAACUUUAUGGAGAAAAAUUUGGCUCAGAAACCGUAAAAAUUAUCCAGGAUUCUAAUAAGGUCAACAUUAAAGACCUUGACCCCAAGUACGCUCAUAUUCAAGUGACUUAUGUGAAACCCUAUUUUGAAGACAAAGAACUUUCUGAAAGAAAGACUGAAUUUGAAAGGAAUCAUAAUAUCAAUAGAUUUGUAUUUGAGACUCCUUACACUUUAUCUGGAAAAAAGCAUGGCAGUGUGGAAGAACAGUGUAAAAAAAGGACCAUUCUUACCACUUUGAACUCCUUCCCAUAUGUAAAGAAGAGAAUUCCAGUCAAUUAUGAGCAUCAGGUUAAUUUAAAACCAAUCGAUGUUGCAACCGAUGAAAUAAAAGACAAGACAGCAGAGCUGCAAAAGCUCUGCUCUGCAGGUGAUGUUGACAUGAUCCAGCUGCAGCUCAAAUUGCAAGGCUGUGUUUCCGUGCAGGUUAAUGCUGGUCCCUUGGCCUAUGCCAGGGCUUUCCUAAGUGACAGCCAGUCCAGCAAAUAUCCUGCUAAGAAGGUGAACGAGUUGAAAGAAAUGUUCAGGAAGUUUAUACAAGCCUGUGGAAUUGCUCUGGAGCUCAACGAGAGACUCAUUAAAGAGGAUCAAGUGGAGUACCAUGAGGGACUGAAAUCAAACUUUCGGGAUAUGGUGAAAGAGCUUUCGGACAUCAUCCAUGAGCAGAUGUACCACGAAGACCCAAUGCACUCGCCGUGGAUGCACGACUCCUUGCACGUCUUCUGCGCCAUCAGCGGCACAUCCAGCAAUGGAAGUUACUGCUCUCUCAGACCCACUGCUGAAAUCUAAACGUAUCGGCGGCACUUCACAGAGCUUUCUCAGGAAUAUUUGGCACUGUGUAAAGGAUUUUUAAAAAUCCGCCAUGAGCAGAGAUUUUGGUUUUUUCCUCCCCCAUUGAGUUUACCGUGCUUUCAGACAGGGUGCUUGCUUCUUCUGCUGAGCAACAUGGAAAGUGCCUGGACAUUGCACCACUGUGCUUCUUUUCUACCUUUUUUUUUUUUUAAAGCUAAACCUAUGACUGGACACGGAAAGGCAGUUAACCAAGUAUGCCUUGAAUUGCAGAACAAGGAAUUGAAAUGAUAAUGGUACUAUGUAAAGUUGUACAAUGGGAUAUAAUAAAAUGUAAAACUACUCUGUAAAUAGAAGGAGCAUAGAGUAUAUAGACAUUAGCACUGUAUCAUAUUUGCUGCUAAAAGCUUUCUUGGGCAGGGGAUGUGAAGGAGAAAUUGUAGUCACUGUAGGAGACCUUCCCCUUCUAGAAAGAGACCUGGAGCCCAGAUGUCCCCAAUUGCACUCGCAUGAUGAGAGUAAAGUCACCCUGGCCUGGAUAAGUAAAACUUAAUUCAGAAAUGAUAAUUAUUGUACAUCCUCUGGGCAGGUGGUUGUAACCUCCACAAGAGCUGGGUUUACUUUAGCUGGUUUGAAUUCUGGGUAACCUUUCACAUCUGCAAAAGGAUGGAUUGUAGCCACUAAGGACAACCCAAGAGAUCUGUCAUUUGAUAGCAGUUUAUCCUCUUUACCGUUCACGGUCUCACACAGAUAUAAACUCUGAGGACACCUGAAAGUGGGCUGGGAAUUACAACGUUCCAAUAAAGUUCUUAUUAUCCAUGA